ACACACACAAUACAAUUCAUCGUUGGUUUGGCUCAGAUAUUUUUUGACAAUAUAGAAAAAUAUAGAAAAUCGCCAACUUUAUACUUUAAGUUUUAUUUCAUGCUUGCUUUAAAAAGUUAAGCCAGUACUUGAAGUUGCCAUGUGGAUAUUCAUCCACAGACCCCGUCAUCACUUUGCUGGUUCAUCCCGCCCACAUUGAGCGCUCAAACCGGCCAUUGGAUCCACAGCGCACCGCCCCGCCCCCUGGAGGAGCUUAUAACUUGACUGUAAAGUAAAGAGUCACUCAGUUUGAGGUUCAGAGGCAGUGCAGCUGUGUAGUUGAGUCAGCACUGUGGAGAUGUGGAGAAAAUAGACCUUUUCUGACCACGAAUGAAGCUGUAAAAUCACCCACACAGUCACAAUGUGGAAGCCCGCCGGGGCAUCAAAAUGCACCUCCAGCUCAGCGGGACCCCGCGCUGCCGCCGCCGCCGUCACCUGUCUGCUCGUGGCCGGGAUGCUCGUCGUCACUGUCGGACACCCGAGCAGCGGAGACCCGGAGGAGCCUCCUCCUCCUGCUGCCGGCGCGAGUGGAAAAGUUUUCUCGGCGUAUUUCAGGAAACUGACCCGAGAGAGGAGAACGAUAAGCGGACCCCAGCGGAGCAGCAGCCCGCCCGGACCGGUGGAACAUCUUUCCCCGGGUGACCUGCUCAUAGCGGUGAAAACCACCGGGAGGUAUCACCGACAGAGACUGGAGCUCCUGUUGGACACAUGGAUCUCCAGAAACAUGCAACAGACGUACGUGUUCACCGAUGGAGAGGAUGAGAAGCUGAGGAAGAGGAUGGGGGCUCGCCUCAUCAACACCAACUGUUCGGCGGCGCACAAUCGUCAGGCUCUUUCCUGUAAAAUGGCGGUGGAAUACGACACUUUUGUUAACUCUGGCAAAAAGUGGUUCUGUCACGUCGACGAUGAUAACUACCUGAACGUCGGCUCCCUCCUGAAACUCUUGUCUCAGUACAGUCACACGCAGGAUGUUUACAUCGGCCGGCCCAGCCUCGAGCGACCGAUAGAGGCCACGGAGAGGCUCGGCACCGCUGAAAUGAAGCAGGUGCGUUUCUGGUUCGCCACAGGAGGAGCAGGGUUCUGUCUGAGCCGCGGCCUCGCGCUGAAGAUGAAACCCUGGGCGAGUGACGGCACUUUCAUGGCGACAGCUGAACACAUCCGCCUCCCUGACGACUGCACGGUGGGUUACAUCGUGGAGGCGCUGCUCGGCGUGAGCCUCAUCCGCUCGGCGUUGUUCCACUCCCACCUGGAGAACCUGGGACUGGUGUCAGAUGUACACAACCAGGUGACUCUGAGCUACGGCACCGUGGACAACAGCAGAAACACUGUUAACCUGAAAGGAUCAUUUUCAAUACAUGAAGAUCCUACAAGGUUCAGGUCUGUGCAUUGUCUGUUGUACCCAGACACUCCUUGGUGCCCGAGCCCCCAUCGACUUUAACACCCAUCCAGAGACGGCAGACGGAGGGGAGGGGAGAGGAGGGGGGGAGGAGACGGUCUGAUAGAGGAGAGCAAGUACAUGUCUGACUAGACUUGAUUUUCUCUGAUGGGAGAGGAAAUCAUUGCAGAAAAAAAAAGAGUAAAUAAAGAGGAGUCCCACUGCUACUCUCCUCCCACUCCAACGCUGAAGAAUCUCUGAAACAUUUGGACACUUUCCUCAUGUUCAACUAGCAGUCGGACUAUUGGCAAGGAAUACCAUUUUAUUUGUUUGACACGUGACCUCUGACCCUUUGAACUGUUGCUGGGUGUCAAAAAGGCCACAAAACUACAACAAAAGAAGACUAAAAGUCAAAAUUCUUGGAUGGAUGUAAAAUAGAGAGACAACUUUGCUUCGCUGUGGGGCAAGAACUUUUAAAUUUUUUGGCCUGAGGGUAGUGCCGGAGGAAAACGUAAGUGUUACCGAAAUCAAAAGGACUUAAUCAGAAGUGAUUUUCAGAUGGUUGGAAAACGUAUUAGGGGGCCCGUGUCCAAUUAUCUCUGCAACUUUCUGACAAAGACAAACAUUCAAGUUCUCUCUCUUGUUCUCCUUUUUCAUUCUUAACACUAUGAAAGCCUUCGAGGAGAGACCGUCUGAAAGAGUGCACCAUUAUCCACAGUUUCAAACGAUUAUCGUGUCUUUGUCUUUCUAUGAUGCCAGGCUUUUCACCCAGCCUUCCGAGUUCUUUUUGAUCAUGAUCCGGCUCUUAUCCUCUGUGCGGUGGCCAUUUUAGGACAUUUCCGCUCUAAAUGUAGGAAUGAGCCUGUCAGACCCGCCUCAUCUUUCUUCCAUCUAAGCUCAAAAUCCUUCAGCUUCAGUGGUCCUUCGUCAGUUUCAGCUCUCAUUUGUUAUAUUUAGUAGGUCUCUGGUUCUAGCUGUGCUUUGGGCUUUUGGGGCUAGCGUGUAAUGUUGAGGCGUAAAAGGGUAAUACUGGUUUAUUACGUCUUGUUUCUUACUUUCAUAUGUUUGGCCUUUAUUUUUAUCAGUUAUGAUAACAUUGAACUCGAUCUGGGAACCAGCAACAAAAACAUUUGACAGGGCAAGAAACACAAGAUGAUAAGACACUUUGUGAACAAGCCAACAGUUAACUCACAUUAUCUAAAAUACUUUAUUUGGUUGUGAAACUGAAAGUGAACACACAUGAAAUGUUGUAAAUAAUCCCUCACUGGACAAGAAAACUGUUGCACACAACUACGGUAAGAAUGUGAGAUCUUAGCAAUUAACUCGGUGAGAACAUGUUAGAUGCAGAAUGUUAUUAUUAAGGAGCAAAAUUAUGGCCCAAAUUAUGAAAAUAAGAUAAUAAUCAACCAGAAUUAUCCUUAAUUAACUUCAGUGGAAUUUUUUUAGAUGAAGAUUGAUAUCCUCGCACAUUUCCUCUCUUCUCACUCCACUUCUUCAGCUGUAAAAGAUCAUUUGUCUGAAUGUUUGUGAAUAUUUGACUUGGUUUUCUGACCCUGCGCCCCUAGAAAUGCAGAAGAAAGGAUCAUUCAUUCACCGAUUUAUUUUCUUUUUAAGAUAAAGCAAGAGCUGAGGACUCUGAAAGUAAUCCAGACUCCAUAUCUGAAGUUCUAUCUCAUCAAUGUUCAGUAUUAUCCUCUCUCUGAAGCAUAUUAUCACGACUGAGCGCUUUUAUUUGUGCUGUUUGCAAUUCAUCAUAUGAUAAAAAAGGAAUAGUUUGGGACAUACUCUUGUUCAGUACUAUUGCCAAGAGUCAGAUAAUUAAUUUGAUACAACUUAUUUUUAAGUCUGUGAUAAAUAUGAAGGUUCAGCCAGCAGCCAGUUAGACAGCCGUAAAGACCGGAAACAGCUAGCUAGCUCCGUCCAAAAUAACCCCUGUAAGACCCCAAAUUAUAAUUUUUACACUUCGGUUGUGUGUACAAAUUAAACAAACAAGAUAUAAAAUGUUAAUUAGUAAGGUUUAGAGUUGCUGGUAGGUGAAUUUUGUUAUUUUAGACGGAGCCAGGCUAGCUGUUUCCCCCAAUUUCCAGUCUUUGUGCUAAGCUAAGCUAACCGGCUGCUUGCAACAGCUUAUAUAUUUAUCAGACAGUCAUGAGAGUGGACUCUAUCUUCUCAUCUAACUUUCUGUAUGAAAACAAACCCCAAAAUGUCAAACUAUAUUUUUAAGAACUCUCUAUGGACUAACGUCAUAUCCCAAACUCAUCCAGUGAGGUCUCUGUUACAAAAUAUUCUUCACAAGUGGUGGACAUCAUCUGUCUUUGUCCAUUUUAAAUGUGUGGAUUAUGAUUAUUAAUGAUGUUAGACUGCUUUUAAAAUGCAGUCUAACAAAGAUAUCCCCUUUGAGGUUUUAUUGAGAAAUGACUCAUGUUGGGUCGUCUUCUAUUCUGUGCAUUGAAAGCAACAACGGUGCCGCGAUUUAAUGAAAGUUAUUAAGUUAAAUUCUGUCCCUUUUUUUUGAAUGAAUGUAUAUGAUGAACUGUUGCUUCUAAAGCAGGCGUGCUCUCUCCAGUAUCUGGACUGUAUGUAGAGAUUAUGGUCGAAGUUAAUAAAAACAGUGUUUGAACAAAUA